GAGUGAACACUGACCUGUCAGUAGUCGAAAGCGUUGUACUCGUCGUGGAAUGAUGCUACCGCGAAAAUGCGUGAUGAAAUUUGUGCGUUUGUUAUGUCUGGGUUAGGAUCGAAUUAUAUCCUAUCGAUAAAAUGUAAAGCUGCGUUUGUGUCGUAAUACGGUAACGAGUGUUCGAAUUUCGGGAUAUAUUCAGAAUUUCAAGCGGCCAUCAUGGCUAACUGUUCGCUUAGGCUCAAUGGAGAGACUAAGUUUCCCAGCAUCGCCGAAAAGGUCCAUCGCGAUUGGGUUAAGUCGAAAAAUCCUGAGAAAGUUAUCGUUUGCAAGGAAUCGGAGGACGUGUUAAUUGUUCCCGACAACAAUCUCUGUUGUCGAUCGACGAGUUGUCAUGUCAUUUAUUGUUGGAAUUUUCACAUUCUGGCGCGUGGUAAACAAUUACAACAAGUAGCAUUAACUUUGGACGAGAAUCGUAAAAAUUUUGCUUUGAAGUCGGUUUUAUAUAAUACCAAUGAAAUUGGAGUGACAAAUGGUCAAGAAUGGUGUAGUACAGAGUUAGAUGCAAUGAAUACGAAAAGAAACAAAAGCAGCAAAGUACAGUAUUAUGUCAAAAUCUGUUUUGUUGCCAAUCAGUAUGGUACUUAUCGUCAGAACAUUAUUUUUUACUUUGGGGAAUAUCCUGUAAUACUUCAAAGGAUAUGCGUGGAUUGUUUACCGGUCGAAGACUUUUCAAGAAUUCAUAAAGCCACGAACUAUCAGUUUUCACAGAAUCCAAAAACAUGGAUAAACGAAACGACGUUAAUUUGUCGCUUUAAAUCACCGUUUGUGCCACCAAAAGAUCCCAGAGAAGAUAAAUUAGCUAUGAUAUAUCCGUACCCGGAUAGAAACAAUUUCUUUUUAACUCAACAAUCCCUUACGGACGAUUGCUUGACACCAGAAAAUUAUAGAGGUCGUCUUCACGAAUUAAUCACGGUGGAAGAAUUAGCUAGACACGAACAAAUUGCCAGAUACAAUGAAAGCACGUAUAUGCGGCUUCUUUGCCAUUAUAUUUUGGCUUCUUCGGGUGAUGCAUCUACCACCGUCAAAUACGCACCGCCUGGUGAGCUCUUUGCUCAGUUACCACUAAGCCGCAGUAUCACAGAAGAUACAAAAAGCGGAAGACUGUUCCUGAGAGGUUGCAAUAGAGUACUUUUCAAGAGCCGUAACUCGAAUAUAAUAUUCGAAGCACACAUAGAAGACAAGUGUACGCAAACUGUGUACGUAAGACUGUCCAAAAUGUGUGUAGACACGUUACACUUGGUGGCGAAUACAGAUCUGGAAGUGCAAUUGCAAUUUGUACUGAAUCGUUUGCCUUCCUGCGAGUGGCACAAAGCUGUAGAUAGCUUGCCCGAUGUAGGUCUAGUUUUUUUAAGCAAAGCUCAUAAGGAGAUAAAAGAGAUCGAUGGUAUAACUUUGCCAGAUGCCACUAUGAAGAAUCGUUUAUUUAAUACGGAACAAAAAAGAGCUCUAGCGAUCAUAACAGCCCCUAUAGAGAUUUCUUUACCACCGAUUUUGUUACUUGGACCAUUUGGAACAGGAAAAACGUUUACCAUUGCUCAGGCCCUAAGAGUCCUGCUCACCAGUAGUUCCGAAUACAAGAUUCUGCUUUGUACCCAUAGCAAUAGCGCAGCCGAUCUGUACGUCAAAGAAUUCUUCGACGGUUGGUACAAAAUGGAAAAGUAUCCACGAUUAAGACCCGUCAGAAUUUAUUACAAAGGUCGAGCCAGAAACACGGUACAUCCAGUGGUCCAAGAGUACACCUUGAUGCAAGAUAACGGUACUUUCCGUGAUCCUACCGAGAAGGACCUUCAAGAUUGCGGACUGAUCGUGACCACUCUGACCACAUCCAGUUCAUUAACGUGCCUAAACUUGUCGUUCACGCAUAUAGUGAUAGACGAGGCAGCCCAGGCUUUAGAAUGCGAGGUUCUGAUACCACUGUCGUUAGCCACACCUCAGACCCGUCUAAUUCUGGCUGGCGAUCAGAUGCAACUAGCGCCAGAAAUUUAUAGCGAUUUGGCGAACGAACGGGGCCUAGGGGUCACCUUACUCGAGAGGAUCUAUGGCAUGUAUCCGCCGACGCAUCCUUGUAGGAUACAUCUUUGUCAGAACUACCGUGCCCAUGGAGACAUCAUCAAGUAUACAUCCGAGAUGUUUUACGAGGGGGUGGUGAAGCCCGGUAACAAUUUAUUGAUGAAGCAUCCUGUACUGAAGCCGCUGACCUUCUACGCAGUUCAGGGAGAGGAACUACAGGGCGUGUACUCAACAGGAUUCGUGCACGUGAUGGAGGCACACGAGAUAGUAAAUCGUGUGUUGGAACUGAAAAGCAGCUGGCCUGUAGAUUGCUGGGGACCAUACGGCGAGGGAUCGAUCGGUGUUCUGUCUUAUUACGCGGAACAGGUGCAAAGGAUACGAGUGGAGCUACGGAAACGCAAGCUAUUCGACGUGUCGGUCGAGAGGGUAUUGAACGUUCAAGGAAAACAGUUCACCGCGGUGUUUAUCAGCAUCGUUCGGACCAGAAACUCGUGCAGAUAUUCGGCGGAGAGAAACGUGAAGGACUAUGGAUUCUUAACGAAUCCGAGGCUGUUAAAUACGGCCAUAACGCGGGCCAAAUGUUUGGUCGCGGUGGUCGGCGACCCGAUUGCCCUCUUAACGAUCGGUUCCUGUCGAAAGCUUUGGCAGAGGUAUCUGGAAAUUGCCGAUAUCCACGGCACGGACCAAGAAACACUCAAGUAUCAUCUCAGCCAGAUUCCCGAACUCCCGCUGGCCACGCCGUUGAACCCGUUGGCGCAGGAGUUUGUCCCCAGGAACAAUUUCUCCCUGGUCGAGUACGUGCCGGUACCGAUGAUAUAUCCGGUCUUUCACUACACCGAUACGCCACACGGUAUCGUCGAUAGUUCCAGUCGAAAUUGAACUGAAUUUUUACGCGUCGAUUUUUAAACAUCGGGAUGUUUCCUACUUUCGAAUAACUUUGGAUGGAUUUAAUUGUUGUAACUAGUACUCCGGGCUGGUUAGUUGCCCACUCGAAAGUUGGUGUUCGUCGUAGAGCAUACUCUGAUUUUCUUCUUUUUUUUCGAGAUCUGUUUUAGCAUUUAUUUUUAAUCGGAACGAAUCAGUGACUAUACUGAAAGGGAAUUCAAGUUUUCUUUCAUGAACAUUUAUACUCUUCGUUGUACAGGCAGGAUUUUGUGAUAAUCGAUCAAUUUGUAUAUACAUAAAUACAUACGUAAAUAUAUUUUCUUCCACCAAGCAGAA